GAUUGACCCUAGUGAACAACAAUCAAGACCACAACGUCAAACCACACCCUCUCGAAAGCAGCCGUCAAAGCCGCCCGGCGUCGCAGUGCUAAGCGCAUUUUGACCAGGCGCAAAAACCUUGCCAGCAGCAUGCGCCAUCCGCGUCUGCAGCGGCAAUUCAUCCCGGAAUAGGGCAUCAUGGCCGUGUCCAAGUUCCGCGCGCGAAAGCACAAGGUGCUGCACUCCGUGUUCGACGCUGAAAUCUCGCAACCCACGCCCUUGCUCCCGUCGACUGAGCCGGGCGAGCCCUUUGGUGGACCACCACCACCCCCCUCGGCGCUUGCCACUGAUGCUGCCGCCCCCAGGCUUCAUGAGGGGCUCAUGAGCGACCAGGUGCAAUGGGACCGCGCAUGGCACGUAGUCACGUCUCGCAUACAGCUACCCUCAUCGGUGGCCAUUGAAGACUCCUUCGGGACACUCGCCUCCGAGUCGCAGGACUAUGAUGACGUCUUCAGCUCAGCUGUGGCCCUGCUCGUCGACCCCCGCUCAACCGUCCCUCUCGCGCCUCAUACGGACGACAUACUCUCCUGGCAUACGCAUCAAGUCCGGCAACACUUUGUCAACCAUGUCCUGCCCUUGCUCUCGGCAUGCUCCAGCCAGGGAAGUCAUGACCAGGCACUGCUGGCAAGCAUCCGCACCCUCGAGGCGGCUCAUCGCCAGUACCUCUACGGCCUGUCGCUGAUCGUGCGCGGCUACGCCAGCGAAUCAAGUGCUCACCAUGCUAUGCUGCGCUUUAGACGGGAUCUCCAUGCCAUCAUAGGUAGCUCUUGGACCUCAGGUCUGCAGAAUGCCUUACGCCAGGUUCUGAGUAGGCUCAUAGUCAGCAUUGUGUGUGUCGACGACGCGCAUCCAGGUUCGUCCACAGGCUUGGAUCAAGAUGAGCGGACAGCUGUGCCCAGGGCUGAGCUUUUGGAGCUUGUAGACUCACUUCAGAGUGUGGGCCUGGCCGGAGAGAAGUUCCAAGCCCUGCUGGCCGAGAUCAUGGAUUCUAGCAUGCAGACUCACAUCUACAAGACGUAUUCCGGUGUAUGGUCUGAGCCCCGAGGGGAAGGCCUGUCUGCUGUGCCGGCCGCUGCGAUGCUCACCGGAUGUAUGGCUGACUUGCGGGAAUGGAUCGAAAACAGAUACGGCCAACUGGCUGUACUCGUCUUCAACCGACUUGGACUCCAGGUCAAGUAUGGCGAUGUCGAGUGCUGGAAGGACAUUGGCAUCGGACGCCUGGUCUCGCUCCGCAUACAGGAGCUCUUUGACAUUGUCCUGCGCUGGCCUCACAGCAAAGGGGGUGUCGAUGAUUUGCGCGCGGCGGUGACAACACCCGAGCGCCGUCUGCAACUGACUGACGUUUUCUCUGCGACUCUACAAAAGAGACUGCUCAAUCCGGGGCGCUCGACGCUGUCGAUCUUACAGACGUACGUUUCUAUGAUCCGGACAUUCCAUGCACUGGAUCCCUCCAAGGUGCUUCUCGAUCGGGUGGUCCAAGCCUUGCAGCUCUAUCUGUGCCAGCGAGACGACGCGAUCCGCAUUGUCGUUACGGGACUUCUUUCUAACCCCAAGGAUCUCAGCGAGGAGGAGAGCGAAAAGAGACUGGUGGAACUAGCUACUAUUCUAAAUGACCCGGCCCAGCAACAGCGCCGCCAGAUCGAGGGCGACGAUGCUGACUGGAACGACAUGUCCUGGAUCCCCGAUCCCGUCGACGCAGGAGUCAACUACAAGCGACCAAAGAACGAAGACGUCAUCGGCACACUGAUCAGUGCCCUGGGAUCCCAGGAAAUCUUCAUCAAGGAGUUCCAAGCCAUCAUUGCCGAACGCCUCCUGUCGAGCCAGACGAGCUAUCAACAGGAGCUCAAAGUUCUGGGGCUGCUCAAAAGGAGGUUCGGCGAGCCUGCACUGCAAAACUGCGAUGUCAUGAUGAAGGACAUCCAAGACUCGCGUCGCUUAGAUGCGAUUCUCGCGCAGCGUCUUGAGCCAACCUUGGAUGCCGAUGGGCAUUCGCUUGGCUUCCACUCCAAAAUCCUAUCCAGGCUGUUCUGGCCCAGUAUGCCAAAGGAACCAUUUGUCGUGCCAAAGCCUGUCGCGGCGCUGCAGGAGCAGUAUGCGGCUGGUUUUGAGCGAGUCAAGAACGCUCGGAAGCUUAACUGGCUCGAUCAUCUGGGGCUGGCUACCGUACAUCUCGAGUUGGAGGACCGCACCAUUGACAUGGAAUGCAAAACAUACGAGGCAGCCGUCAUCUUUGCCUUUGACCAAGAGGGCGAGACGGCGCCUGUCCAGAAGACUUUUGACGAGAUAUGGCUGCAGCUGACUAUUGAAGAAGAUCUGCUCGACGCUGCUCUCACAUUCUGGCAGACACAAAAGGUUCUCAAGGACAUUGGCGAUAGAACCUACAUUGUCAUGGAACGCCUCGAUGACGAGAGCCCCGGCGACGAUCCCGACACGACUGUCGAUGGCAGUCGGCAGCCUGCCUCGGCGCGCAAGGCUAAGGGUAUUAGUGCGCAGGAACAGCAGCGUCAGACAGUGUACUGGCAAUUCGUCGUUGGCAUGCUGACCAAUGGUGGCCCCAAGCCGUUGGCCGGUAUUCUCACCAUGAUGAAGAUGCUGAUUCCGGGUGGGUGCACGUGGACAAGCGAGGAGUUGCAGCAGUUCAUGAACGAGAAGGUUUCCGAGGGCAACGUGGAGCUCGUGGGUGGAAAGUACCGCAUCCCUAAGAAGUGAGCGGUGGUGAUCCCGCAAUACGUAGAGACAAUGAGCCAUGAAGUGAAUAGAUACCCGUGAAGGCUGCUCAGGGAAAGGUUGAAUGUGCUAUUAUCGCCUGCAGUCAGGUCACAG